AUCAGUCAUCAUCAAUUGAUAUUACAGAGUCCCCUGUCUAAGUUCUGUUUCUCAUAUCCUUUAUAUAUACGCUCAUAUCCGAAGACUUUCUCAAUAUGAAGGUGUCUAUUGUCUUGUCAGCUUUCAUGGUUGCCAGCUUGGCUUCUGCUGCUGCUGUGCCUGUAGCAGAGCGCGGUAAUCAAUUAAACCCUGAAAUCCGUGAUGCCGAUAAAAACCAUCCACCACCUCCUCCUCCUCCCUCUGCCACUGACAAACCUCACCCACCGCAUACAAAGCGCGAUGGGGGCGAGCAUCCUCCUCCACCUCCCCCCACUGACAAGCCUCAUUCACCACAUACGAAGCGCGAUGAGGGCGAGCAUCCUCCUCCACCUCCUCCCACUGACAAGCCUCACCCACCGCAUACGAAGCGCGAUGAGGGUGACCACCCUCCUCCUCCAACUGGCAAGCCUCACCCUCACCCCCCUGCUUAA